AUGCCCAAUUCAACCACCGUGAUGGAAUUUCUCCUCAUGAGGUUUUCUGAUGUGUGGACACUACGGAUUUUACAUUCUGCAUCCUUCUUUAUGUUGUAUUUGGUAACUCUAAUGGGAAACAUCCUCAUUGUGACCGUCACCACCUGUGACAGCAGCCUUCACAUGCCCAUGUACUUCUUCCUCAGGAAUCUGUCUGUCUUGGAUGCCUGCUACAUUUCUGUUACAGUCCCUACCUCAUGUGUCAAUUCCCUACUGGACAGCACCACCAUUUCUAAGGCGGGAUGUGUAGCUCAGGUCUUCCUCGUGGUUUUUUUUGCAUAUGUGGAGCUUCUGUUUCUCACCAUUAUGGCUCAUGACCGCUAUGUGGCUGUCUGCCAGCCACUUCACUACCCUGUGAUCGUGAACUCUCGAAUCUGCAUCCAGAUGACACUGGGCUCCCUACUCAGUGGUCUUGUCUAUGCAGGCGUGCACACUGGCAGCACAUUCCAGCUGCCCUUCUGUCGGUCCAACGUUAUUCAUCAAUUCUUCUGUGACAUCCCCUCUCUGCUGAAGCUCUCUUGCUCUGACACCUUCAGCAAUGAGGUCAUGAUUGUUGUCUCUGCUCUGGGGGUAGGUGGUGGCUGUUUCAUCUUUAUCAUCAGGUCUUACAUUCACAUCUUUUCGACCGUGCUCAGGUUUCCAAGAGGAGCAGACAGAACAAAGGCCUUUUCCACCUGCAUCCCUCACAUCCUGGUGGUGUCAGUCUUCCUCAGUUCAUGCUCUUCUGUGUACCUCAGGCCAUCUGCGAUAUCUGCAGCCACCCAGGAUCUGAUCCUUUCUGGUUUUUGUUCCAUAAUGCCUCCCCUCUUUAACCCUAUUAUUUACUGUCUUAGAAAUAAGCAAAUAAAGGUGGCCAUCAAGAAAAGCAUGAAAAGAAUUUUUUAG